AUGUCCUCCACUUAUAGAGAUAGCGCUAAAAAGUUAGAUUGUCUAUUCGAUGAUUUUAUGAAAAAAGUAAAUACAAAUCCAUCUUUGUAAUCUUAGACAUAAUAGCUGCAGUAAACUGGAUCUUAGCAAGGAUUAAAUACUUAAAAAUAAAAUUAGCGCUCAAAUUUAAGUCCAUAUAUGAAUAGCAGUUCACCCUAUAAUGCAACAGAUAUUCCUUCAUUAGAGAAUAGAUCACUUGCUCACUCUAAUUCAGCAUUUUAAAUUUAUUCAUAAUAAACAGGCACUUCUUCUAAUGGUUUUUAAGGAGCACCUCCAUUGCCAGUUAAGCAAAGCAGCGGAAGCAAUUCUUAAUUCAAUCGUAAGAAUAGCUUAAACUAAAUAAAUCAAGAUUAGAAUCUAAAUAUAAAUGUAGCUUAAGUAGAAAAGGAUAAUUUAUCAAGCAAUCAAUAAAAUGAAUUUGAGUUUGAUGAAAAUAAUUAGUACUUUCAUGAUACAUUUCAAAAUAUGGCAGGGAAGGAACAAGAAGCAUAGCCUAUAAUAAACUAAAAAUCUUUAAAAUUUGGAUCUUAAUAAUAGUCAGUGCAAACUCAUUAAAUGAGUUUUAACUAGAGGAGUAUUGAUGGAAAUGAUAAUUCGAAUAAUAGGAUCUAUGUGGAUACAAGUAAUAAAAUUGAUGAUAUUUUUCCAUCUGCACAAUCGAUAAUGAGAGGAAUUGUACCUCAUCCUAAUUAAGAAAAUAAAAGCUUAAAUAGCAAUUUAAAUAGUUAUGUUUUAGGUAAUCCAUCCAAUUAAGGAAGUGUUUUUGGAGGUUAGAAUCAAAGAUAGAACAUAAUAUUUGAAUCUAACUAGCAAAUGACAUAUGGAUCAUAAAUGACUUCCAAAAGAUAAGUCACGGAAGGUUCAGUUACUUUAGGAUAUGGUACUAGUAUAAGCACUACUCAAAGGGAGAGCAAGGCAUAUGCUAAUGCAAUGAAAGCACUGUAGGCAAAAAUUAAGGAGCUUUAAAUAUAAUUAGAAUCAAAAGAAAAGGAAAUGAGAAACGAAAGAGAGCAGCAUUAAGAUAAUAUCUUUAACAUGUAAACAAUAAUAAAUGAGAGAGAAGAGGAGCUAAGAGAGAAUAGAAGGCAGUUUGAAGAGAGUGAAAGAUAAAAAAAGGAAAUGCAGCUUGCUUUUGAAGCAGGUGAUGCAGAGAAAACAGAAAUAUUCGAGAGAAUGGAAGCAGAUUUAUCUCUUUUAAAUACAUAACUAAAUGAAUGCAGAAACAAGCAAUCUAAAACUAAGGAAGAACUUCUAAGCGAAAAAUCGGCAAGAUAAAGUUUGGAAGAAGAUCUUUUAUAGUUAAAGUAAGAAAAUUAAGAAACAAAGAUGAAUUUUCACAAACUUUAGGCAGAUCAUAGAAUGCUUCAAGAUGAAAAAGAGGAAAUUAAUCGUAAAUAUUAAUCUGAGAAGAUGCAAAAAGAGGAGCAUUAAAUUAAAAGUGAAAGCAGGUAAAGAGAUUUAUAAAAGAUGAAGGAGCACUACAAUGAGUAACUAAGAGAGUUUUAAAAUGAAUUGAAUCUCUUAGAAACGAAUUACUCAAGAAAAAUAUCGGAUUUGGAAAAAAGAAUAAGUUUAUUAUAAGAAGAAAAUGAAGAGCAAAAGCAUUUAAUCGAUGUAAAGAAUGUUGAAAUAGAGUAGUUAUAGAUAAAUCUCUAGCAAAAAUAAAAUGAAUGGGAAGAGACAAGAGUCAGAUUAAUCACCAAACAGAGAAAACUUAUUGAUUAAAUUCACACCCUUAAAUAGCAUAAAGCUGCAUCAACAAUUUCAAGUUCUUCUUCAAGAAGAAAUUUAAACGAUCAUCAUGAAGAAGACAUCUUACUUUCUUCGAAUAAAUCGAGAACACAAAAAAAGCUAACUAGCAGCAGUAGUAACUAGCAGGUUGCUAAUAAGAGUCGCCGCAAUUCAUCUACUUCUAGGUCUCCUACCCCGUCUAAGUAGAUGAAUAAAAAUGGUUAACUUAUAUAAUCUUUUUCAAAUACAACUAUAGCAGCUAACACUCAAAGAGUCAAUAAUAGUGAAAUGACUUAAUUGAGCUCUAAAAGAAACAACAACACUAUCAACGAAUAAACUAACAGAUCUAUAUAACUAAAUGAUUAAGCAAAUAAUAACAUUUAUUCUCAAAACACAACAAAAUCCCCAAUUAAUGAGCAUAAAAUCUAGUAAAAAUCAUACCAAUUUACAAAUUAAACAUCUUUAAUAAAUAACAAUACAAUGAGAAGCUCUUCAUAAUCUCCACCUCCUCAAUCUCGCUCACCAAACAAUGUAUCGCCUAUUUCUAGAGGUCACUCUAAAACAUUACCUUCUACCUCAUAGUUUAAACCCAAUAGUUAUAUUUAAUCAUAGCAGUAGUAAUAACAAUAACCCUUAGAAGGGACUGCAAGAUUAGGAGUUUUAAACUAAGAAAAUUUUGAUACUCCUCUUUUUUAAAAUGAACUGAUUAGACAAAAGUCUAGCAGAGAGAUAGCAUAGUAAAGUGUUGUUAGUACAAUUGAUUAUGAAUAACAUUAAGGAUAGUAGCACAAUUAAGUAGUUGGUUAAUUAGGUAUAGCCCAAAAUGAGUUAGAAAACGAUGAGAAAGGAGUGCCUACAUUACAGAUGAAUAAUGAUUCAUUUUUCUAUAAUUAAUAUAUCAUGGGACCUGCCUCUACAAACACUAAUCAAAAUAACUAAAUAAAUAACAAUUCAACUAUUUUGAACAACAAUAGUAGACUUAAUGUAAGUUAGCUAUAAAAUUAUAGUCAUAUAGACCAAAGUCAGUAGCUAAAUUUAAGCAAUAAUAACAUUUCUUAUACUCAAAGUCAAAGCAUAAAUACAGUUUAAAACUAAAAUACAAAUACAUCCACCACCUAAGGAUAAGAAACAAAUGACAGAUAUGAGUUUAUCCUUAAAUAAAUCAUUGAAGCUGAAAAGGAAUCUAUCUCGCUAAGUAGCCAAUUUUAGAAUAUACUCAAUGAAUCAGGCAAAACAGAAGAUUCCAAAAAGAAGCAUGAGUACAGAGGAAGGCUCAUAGAAUUAAAUGAAUAAAUUAAUAAAAACAAUCAAAAAUUAUUUGCAUUAAAACGUAAAGAGUAAGAAUUCCUAGAUUAAAUGAAUAGUAAUUUUUGA